AUGCCAACUUUACAAGAUUUUAAAGCUGAGGUAAAUGGAGCAAAAUUCUUCUCAAAGAUUGACCGAAAGCAAGCAUAUCAUCAGCUCGAAUUACACCCUGACAGUCGAUUCAUUACAACGUUUUCUAGCCAUGAAGGACUGUUCCAGUAUAAAAGUUUAAAUUACGGUACGAACAGUGCAGCCGAGAUAUUCCAAAAUGUGCUACAACAAAACCUUAGCGUUAUCAGAUGAGUGAAAAACCUGGUGGAUGAUAUUAUUAUUCAUUGUAAAACCCGAAAUCACGCGAUGAAGCACGAGAGAACUGUCUAAAACGGCUAGCAGCACUAAACUUGAAAGUGAAAGGGGAAAAAUGUGAAUUUCUACAAGACGAAAUUAUGUUCUUUGGAUUAAAAUUUACAGCAGCAGGAACUAAACCAGAUCCUGAGAGAAUUGAGAACAUGGUUAGAGUACCAGCUCCCAAAACUGCUGGAGAAGUCAGAAGUUUUCUGGGAAUGGCCAACACUUGCCACAAAUAUAUACAUUCCAGAUUAUGCAACUAUUACAGCACCUCUAAGAGAACUAACCAAGAACAACAUUGCGUUUAAGUGGGAAAAUAGACAUCAGAAAGCAUUUGAGCAACUGAAAAAGAAACUAACAAGUACCCCAGUUAUGGCAUAUUUCGAUACAAAGAAACGAAGUCUAGUAAUCGUAGAUGGCUCCCCUUAUGGAAUUAGUGCAAUACUAGCACAGAAAGAACAUCACAGCCAGCAGUACAACAUCCUUUCAUAUGCAAGCAGAGCACUCAGCCCAGUGGAGACAAGAUACUCUCAAACAGAUAUUGAAGGACUUAGCUUAGUAUGGGAAUUGAGCAUUUCCGAAUGUUCUUGA